GGGGCGAGCGGGCGCAUGCGUGGUCGCGCGUUUCUGGCACUUAGACUGAUUGCGCGGCGUCGCGACGCGCACACGGACUCAGAGAACAGUCGUUCGUCGGACGUGAGACGGGAUGGGCGUUUUGCGGACGGCUUAGACAGAGUGUGCCGUCUCUCCUUCUUUCUCUCUCUUCUCUCUCUCUCUCUCUCUCUCUCUCUACUUGCCAUCUUUCUCACGAAUUCGCGAACACUCAUCGGGAGCUCCACUGUGUGUGCGUGCGCGUACGUUCGCGCCCUAGCUAUCCGCAUUCGCGGCUUCUUGUUUCUCACUUCGUCGACGGCGCAACUGAACCACGGUAGUCCAUCGUUGGCCGCGCUGUGUGUACAAGUUCCGUGUGCCCGAGAAAAUGGAGCUCGAGCAGGCGGCGUCGCAGAUGAACCUGGAGAAGAAGACCAAGGAGAACGGCGGCGGUGGCGACGGCGUCUCCGGGAAUCAUAGCGAUUAUAUCAAUGGUAUGUCCAAUGGUUUUGAUAAGAAAAGGGAGCAUAAAUCAGAACACAGAGACAAGAAUAGAGAGCGAUCUCACAAAUCGGAUCAUAAGAACAAAGAUCAGAGCAAAGACAAGGAGAGGAAUCAUAAAAGCGAACAUAGGGAUAAGGACAAGCAUAAAUACAGACAUAGCUCCAGUUCUGUUAAGGACAAGGAGAAACAUGUUAGUAGCAAUAGUAAAGACAAAGACAAGGAUAGAAAGAGUUCGUUGUCUAGUAAGGACAAGGAGCAUAAGAGUAGCAGCUCGUCCAGCAAAGAUAAGGAGAGGGACAAAACUAAGGACAAGGAACAUCAUCACAAAUCAAGUUCGAGUUCCAAAGAUAAAGAUAGACAUCACAGCAGUUGUAAAGACAAGGAUAGCUUGAGCAAGGAUAAAGACAAGGACUCGAAGAGCAAGGAUAAAGAUAGGCAUAGACACAGUAGUUCCUUGAACUCUAGUUCGCGCGAUAAGGACCGCAGUAUUUCGAAGGACAAGGAUAGCAAAAAGCACUCGUUGGAAAAGGACAAGGACAGACAUUCCACUUCUCACUCUUUGAGUGAUAAAGAGAAGCAUCGUUCUUCAGAAAAAGAUAAGGACAAGCACAGAGAAAGUUCGUCCAGUAAAGAUAAGCAUCGUCAUGAUAAAGACAAAGAUCGCCAUCGUCAUGAUAAAGACAAAUCCAAACAUCGCGAAGAAAAAGAAAAGAAGGAAAUUAAGGAGGAAGUUAAAAUAAAGGAAGAAUCAAAUGUGAAGGUAAAUCACGCGAAUGAAGGAUAUUAUAAUAUCGAAUUUAAAUCGGAGUUGAAGGAGGAACUCGUGACGCAACCAGAAUUUGAUGAUGAUGACGACAGCGGUGGUGAGCGACCGCUUUAUAUCAAGGAAGACGAUGAUGAAGAACCAAUUAAGGAGAAUGCUAUGGAUUCGACAGAUGGAAACGAUACCAGGCUGUCGGAUCUUCACAAUACAACCAUAAAAACAGACAAUGGCUCGGAAGAAGAGGAUAAACCAUUGUUUUCGAGAUCUAAGGUAUUGCCAAGUACGAAGAGAAAAAUUGAGUCGGACGAAGAUGAAGAUGUUCCGCUAUCAACGCGCAAAAAAACCAAGAAAGGUACUAACCAGAAAAUCAAGAAGAAGAAACGAAAGCAUGGGGAUGAUGAUGAUGAUGAUUACGAUGCCGAGCCUGAAGAAACACCAAAACCAAAGAAGAAGACUACAAAAGUGAGAGCAAUAGGCGAAGUAAGCCCUAGAAAAAAGAAACAAGAGGAGGAACAACAGGAAGUUUGGAAAUGGUGGGAGGAAGAGAAGAAAAGCGAUGGAACAAAAUGGUAUUUCUUGGAGCACAAAGGACCAGUAUUUGCGCCACCCUAUGAACCCUUACCCUCUACCGUUAAGUUUUACUAUAACGGCAAGGAGAUGAAGUUGAGCGAAGAGACAGAGGAAGUCGCAACCUUCUACGCACGCAUGCUCGACCAUGACUACACAACUAAGCCCAUUUUCAACAGCAACUUUUUCCAUGAUUGGCGAGAGUUGAUGACUGAAUCCGAACGUGCCAAGAUCACCGAUCUAUCCAAAUGUAACUUUAAAGAGAUGCAUACGUACUUCUUGCAAAAGAGCGAGGAGCGCAAAGCCAUGACAAAGGAAGAGAAGUUGAAAAUCAAAGAGAAGAAUGAGGAGAUACAGAAAGAAUAUGGUUUUUGCAGUAUUGACGGUCAUAAGGAAAAGAUUGGUAACUUCAAGAUUGAACCACCCGGAUUGUUUAGAGGCCGCGGCGAGCAUCCUAAGAUGGGCAAAUUGAAGAAGCGAGUGCAGCCAGAGGAUGUGCUCAUCAACUGUUCGAAAGAUUCAAAUAUGCCAAAACCACCGACCGGUCACAAGUGGAAGGAGGUGCGACACGAUUCAAAUGUCACAUGGCUGGCUUCCUGGACAGAGAACAUUCAGGGCCAGGUGAAGUAUGUAAUGCUGAAUCCAUCUAGCAAGCUCAAGGGCGAGAAAGAUUGGCAGAAGUACGAGACUGCGCGAAAGCUGGCGCAGUCGAUUGACAAAAUUCGCGCGGAGUAUCGAGACGAUUGGAAAAGUAAGGAAAUGCGCAUCAGACAACGGGCUGUCGCUCUGUAUUUUAUUGACAGACUGGCACUCAGAGCCGGUAAUGAGAAGGACGAGGAUCAAGCGGACACUGUGGGUUGUUGCUCGUUACGAGUGGAGCAUAUCAAACUGCAUGAACAGAAAGACGGCAAGGAAUUCGUCGUCGUGUUUGAUUUCUUAGGUAAAGAUUCCAUUCGAUAUUACAACGAGGUGCCAGUGGAAAAGCGCGUUUUUAAAAAUUUGCAGCUCUUCAUGGAAAAUAAAUCACCUGGGGACGAUCUGUUUGAUCGUCUCAACACCACCGUGAUGAAUAAACAUCUAAACGAGCUGAUGGAAGGUCUAACCGCUAAAGUAUUCAGAACUUAUAAUGCGUCGUGGACGCUACAGCAGCAGCUUGAUAAGUUAACCGAUCCUAACGAAACGGAGGCAGAAAAGAUCCUCUCGUAUAAUCGAGCCAAUCGCGCCGUUGCCAUAUUGUGUAACCAUCAGCGCUCAGUACCGAAAACACAUGCAAAAUCCAUGGAAAAUCUAAUGACAAAGAUUGACACAAAGAAAGCAUUGAUAUCCGAGUAUGAGCAGUUGGUAAAGGACGCUAGACAAGGUGCAAAACAGGGCUUUGGGAAGGAAAAAAUAGUAUUUGAAAAGAAGAAGAGACAAUUACAAAGAUUGAAGGAUCAAUUGACCAAGCUGGAAGUCCAGGCAACUGACCGAGAAGAGAAUAAAGAAAUUGCACUGAGUACCUCCAAAUUGAAUUAUCUUGAUCCUAGAAUUUCUGUUGCAUGGUGCAAAAAACACAACGUUCCGAUUGAGAAGAUCUACAACAAGACUCAGAGAGAUAAAUUCCGAUGGGCAAUAGACAUGGCUGGUCCGGACUAUGUGUUUUAACCCCGCGGAUUGUCAUCGUCAUUAUCGUCAAGGCCAACGCAUAUCGGUCCAUGAGAGGAGUAUAUCUCCCGCUGACGAUGUAUCUAGUGAAUUUUACGUUCUAACGAGCAGCCAGGAGACUUAAAGUAAGAUAAAAGAAAAUGAAAAAAAGAAGAAAAAAGAACAGCAUGGAAAAUUUUUUACACUUAUGCGAUAAAAAAAUGUGAGAGUGGGAACAUAUUUUCUACAUAAUAAUGUGCAUCACGUGCGGAUUAAACAAUGCGAUUGGUAUAUCUGAAGUGUUUAAUUGAAUACAAUACGCAAAAUCGACGAGCCUGUCUUAGACAAAUCGUAGGCGUUUUGUCAUGCUUUGUAUUCACAUCGCUAGCUUGUUCGUCUACAUGUUGGUUUGUACAAACUACUCAGAAGUGAUAAUUCGUAGGAAUGAUAAUUGAAAGAAUGGUUACUGUGUAAAUUGCAUGUGACUUUUUAUGCGAAGGAAAAAAUAUUUUUAUUUCGUUUAGGUAGAAAUUCAUUCUAAUUUGGCGUAAAAAAUUGCAAAAAAUAAAUUACGGAAAAAAAAGGACUUCAAAUUUAUGAUGGCACACGCGUGAGAGAGGCAGAAAUCGAAUUUUGCGAAAAGCAUAAGGAAUCGUAUGGUCGACUUCGGCAUGCGAAGAAGCUAUAACUGCGCUAUUGUAUAUAUGUAGGACAUAUUCAUAUGAGUGAAACGCGGAUAUCAUUUACGAUUGUGUCCAUAUUAAAAAAGAAAAAAGAGAGGGAAGAAAAGAAAGAGGAGGAAGGGAAAGAAAACAAAAGAAACCAACUCGGAGCAGGCAGCUGAUAAAUUUUAUAUUUCCCUUUAACGAGCAUAAACACACAUAAUGCACUUGUUUCUCUCAUAAAUGUAUGAUGUCAUUCAUCGAGUAUCACAUUUACAUUUUGCAGCAUCAUGUCGAAAACAUAUAUGUAUUCGUAGAACGUAUUCGAUAUUGUGCACUUCUCUUUUGAUAUAUAAAUGGAAAAAAGCGUACUAGCAAAUUUUCGCCGGAUCACGAUUCGCCCCAUCCUUUCACCCCCACCCCUCCAAGAAACUCAAUAGUAUAAAGAAAUAUCGGAAUAUAUAGAUAUAUAUAUUUAAGCGAAUUACAUCGCUUUAGCGAUUUAUGUUUUAUAAAAUGAUGUCUAGGCUAUAAAAAUAAACGAAAGAUGUAUCCCUUAAUUUUUUAACGUUAUUUGCACAUCUUACGUGGACCUUGCUCAGUACCGAGCGAAAGGGUUACUAGGCACAUAUACACGCGUGUAUGUUAUAUAUAUAUAUAUAUAUACAUACAUACAUAUAUAUGUAUAUGUAAUAUGCAGGAAUAGAAAGU